AUGAUUGUCGUGGAGGGUUCGACUUUACAGCAAGUUCUAUUCGAAGCAUGGAUAUUCAACAUUACCCCAGCAGCCUGUUUUCUCCUGCUGUUACCCAUUCGCCUGUUCCAGCUAUCUAGAGAGUCUUUGAAAGUAAAAUCCUCGUUGACUCAUUGGGCGACGCUGGCUAUUGCGGUAGUAUUGUCCGGAAUCCAUGUCGUUCUGCUUGUGUUUAGUGCGACGCAGCACUACCCCGCACAAAAUGUGUCAGUUGCGGGUGCUACCCUCAGCCUUAUAGCGGCAAUUUCUAUUGUUGUUCUGCUUCAUUUGGAGCACAGCCGGGCUGUUCGACCUUCCUUCCUUGUCUCUGCGUAUCUGUUUAUUACGGUGCUUCUAGACAUUGCGAGAGUACGCACCGCCUGGCUGUUGCCAUAUGGUAGAGCAUACCCGACCUGCCUCACCGCAUCUCUGGCCACCAAAUUGCUUCUCCUGGUGCUGGCAAAUAUCGAAAAACGCAAAUGGUUGUUGCUGGCCGAACAGUCUGCCGAGAGAACUAGCGGUAUCUUUAACCGAGGCUUAUUCGCCUGGCUCAAUGAAUUACUGAGAAAAGGACACACCUCGUUGCUCACUAGCGAUACGCUACCUAACAUCCAUGAGAAGCUAUCGUCUAGUGAUUUAUCCGACCGAUUUUCUAAGUCAUGGGCGCUGUGCGACCAGAGCCGUCAACAUGCGUUGCUGCUGGCCGUCGUUAAUUGCCUUCGCUGGGAUAUCGCUGCUAUUGCUUUUCCUCGACUCGCCUUGAUAGGGUUUAGCAUAGCGCAGCCAUUCCUAAUUGGCAAGACUGUUACAUUCCUCGAGCAGACUGAAUCUUCGUUGAAUAUUGGCUAUGGGUUGGUAGGAGCCACCGCGAUUGUCUUUAUCGGGAUUGCUGUCACUACGGCAUCUUAUGAACACCUAGGAUUUCGUGCUACGACCAUGGUCCGCGGUGGCCUUAUGGCUCUUGUCUAUCAGCACAUGAUGGAGCUGCCACUGGGGAGCACCGAUGAGUCUAGUGCCAUGUCCCUUAUGGGAGCUGACGUUGAAAUGCUUGCGGAGUACUUUCACUCUACAGUGUGCGAAUCUUGGGCUAGUAUCCUACAGCUGGGACUGGCCGCGUGGAUCCUUCAAACUCAGAUCGGUGUUGUUUGUAUCACACCCAUUUUAAUUGCAACAGCUUUUACCGCUGCUUCUUUUGCCACGGGCAAUGCUGUGUCCGUUCGGCAGAAGACAUGGCUACAAGCCACCGAGAAACGCAUUAAUUUCACGAGCCACGUCCUCGGCUCAAUAAAAAACGUGAAAUUCUUAGGACUAACAGAGAUCAUAAAGAAAUACAUUGAAGGCUUAAGGAUUGAGGAGCUUGAGAUCUCCAAGAAGUUCCGCCGAAUCCAAACCGUCCGUGUCUGCAUGAUAAACCUUCCGGUGAUUAUUGCGCAGUUUGCUACUUUCGCGACCUAUGCUGUGGUUGCGAAAGUGCAAGGGUCGGAAGGUCUCUCCGUCUCACAAGCCACCACGGCCCUUUCACUAAUAAAUCUGCUAAUCACUCCUCUUAUGCAUCUAUUGUUGGCAGUUCCAGAUGCAUUCGCAUCAAUGGGGUGUCUGUAUCGAGUCCAGGACUUCUUGAGACGUCCAAAUAUUGUCGAAAGAAGGAAAUUGCUCCAAUCAGAAGCAGAUGCUCUUGUUUUACCUACUAAUUCAUUCGAAUUCGAACUUUCCACCUAUCCCUGGCAUGGGGCUAGGGGAAUUUCCUCGUCAAAGAAUCAAUCUGACGUGCUGAUCUCCCUGCAAAAUGCCUGGUUUGGCUGGAAUGACCCUUCCUCGGAUAGUGCUGGUAUCACACUCAAUCUGAGCCCCUCGCCGCUGGGUACCCUAGUUGCAAUUGUCGGUCCAGUGGGAAGCGGAAAGUCCACGUUUCUCAAAGGUCUCGCAAAUGAGACGUCCAUUCUCAAUGGCGAAGCUUUCAUCAAGUACCCAGACCUAGCUUUUUGUGAGCAAACUCCAUGGCUUACCAAUACGACGAUCCGGGAAAACAUCAUUGGGGAGAAUGGAUCCGCUGCAUUUGAUUCUGAUUGGUAUUCGACCGUGGUGAGCGCAUGUGCGCUAGACUCCGACCUAAAAAAAAUGCCAGCGGGUGAUGCGUCGUCCGUCGGUAGCAAAGGAUCUAAACUUAGCGGAGGGCAAAAGCAAAGAAUCGCCAUAGCGCGAGCUGUCUAUGCUCGCAAGCGCAUCGCGUGCUUCGAUGAUACUCUGAGUGCUCUUGAUAAUUCAACCGCUCGGCUGGUAUUUAACAAUGUCUUUGGCCCGUCCGGACUGCUGCGUCGACUGGGCUGUACUGUAUUCCUUGCAACUCACAAUGUUCAAUAUCUACCCCAGGCCGACUUUAUAGUCGUACUCGGAGAGAAUGGCAAUAUUUCGGAACAGGGCACCUUCUCUCAGCUUGUCAGUCACGCCGGGGGAUAUAUUAACCGGCUAGGUAUUCAACCAGAACAGAUUGAGAAAGAACAGAUUGAGAAAGAAAAGAUGCAAGAUGACGAUACAACUGGGUCUCCAGAGACUAGUGAAGUCAUAACAAGCCGCCUAUCCACCCCGGCCUUUACCGAUGAAUGCCGACAGACGACUGAUAUUGCUGUUUACAAGUACUAUUUCUCUGCCAUGGGCUGGCUCCGAGUCUUUGUGCUGAGUUCCUUACUGGUGGUGAACGGUGGCAUUGGUGGAUUGCGAAGUGCUUGGAUUGAGAUCUGGUCCUCUAGCACCGACAGCGCUUCAAGCUCGGGAUUGGGCUACUGGCUUGGAGUAUAUGGGGCAUUGUCCUUCAUCGAAGCCAUUUCAAUGGUUCUUGCGGUAUAUUGGACCUGGGUCGUCAUUGUACCGGCCGCGUCGAACAAUGUCCAUGCUACUGUCCUGCAAACUUGCAUGAGUGCCCCCUUGUCCUUCCUAUCCCACGUAGACACGGGCUCUCUCAUCACCCGUUUUAGCCAAGAUAUGAGGCUAGUGGACAUGAUCCUCCCCCGAGGUUUUAUCACGACAGGAUUCCAACUCUUUACGGUGCUUUCACAAGCUGCAAUCGCUAUAGCUGCAUUGCCAUAUCUGGCUGUAGCCCUUCCCUUCCUAGUUGGGAUGUUAGUGCUAAUCCAGCGCUUUUACCUGCGUACAUCUCGCCAGCUUCGACUGCUAGAGAUCGAGCUCAAAAGCCCCCUUUACACCCAUUUCAUUGAAUCUCUCGCUGGUGUAGUUACCAUCCGUGCCUUUUCAUGGACUACUGCUUCUACGUCCAAAAUGUUGCACUUACUUGAUAGGGCGCAAAGGCCCUUCUAUCUUCUACUGUGUAUUCAGCAAUGGCUAGGCCUGGUGCUGAAGCUCAUGGUGACUGGCAUGACGCUUAUUCUCCUCGGAGCUGCUAUAGCUCUGCGCGGACAAGUGAGCCCCGGUUUGUUAGGUAUUGCGCUAAUUGGGAUGAUGGACCUGGGGGAAGUACUCUCAUACUUGAUCCAGAACUGGACGCUUCUGGAAACCUCUUUGGGUGCGAUUGCCAGGAUCAAGGAUUUCUCGGAAGAUACUCCAAGUGAGGAACAAGAUGCAGCCUAUGAGCAGCCACCAGACGCAAAAUGGCCAAGUAGGGGUGACAUCUCAUUCGUUGGCGCAGAUAUUGCAUAUGAGUCUGAGAACGCAGAGCCCGUGUUGCACGGUAUCUGUCUGAAUAUUCGUGCUGGGGAAAAAGUUGGGCUGUGUGGUAGGACCGGAAGUGGCAAGAGCACACUGGCUCUAUCAUUACUCCGUCUUAACGAGGUGGUUUCUGGCCAGAUCCUUAUCGAUGGGAUAGACAUAUCGACAGUGCCUCGGUCAUUGAUUCGGUACCGGAUCAGCUCUCUUAGCCAAGAAGCCUUCCUUUUCCCAGGUACUAUUCGGCAGAAUGUCGAUCCUUUAGGCAUCGCCAGCGAUAUCGAUAUUAUUGAAGCUCUCAAAUGCGUCGAAAUCUGGAAUGCUCUUAUGUCUGCGACGAACAGCGCCGCCCACAGCGGAGUGUUGCUAGAUGCAAUACUGACUGACACGACUUUGUCCGAAGGCCAAAAACAGCUAUUUUGCCUGGCUAGGGCGCUUCUCAAGAAGAGUAAUAUUCUGAUACUAGACGAACCGACAAGCAGGUAUGUAAUUUCUGUCUUUUUGCUUCUGGCAACACAUGAUUAUGCGACCAAUGCCAACCAUUCACAAUCAAGUCUGGAUGCAGAGACAGAUGCCAGGGUUCAGAAAGUCAUUCGCCAGGAGUUUCAGAGCUGCACUAUCAUUAUGGUUGCGCAUAGGGUUCAUACCAUGCUCGACUUUGACCGAGUUGUUGUUCUGGAUAGUGGUCGAAUCAUAGAAGAGGGACGUCCUUCAGACUUGUUGAACAAGGAAGGCGUGUUCUCAAGUCUGCAUCAUCUGGAGCAGUCAACAGGAAGCAAUCAGGAGCUCUGA